AUGCCCGACUACGGCUCAAAAGAUUUUGACCGUGCAUACAAAGUUCGGCCAUUGAUAGAGAUGAUGAACGAGAGGUUCCAGGCUCACUACUCGCCAUCCAGUCACCUCGCUGUCGAUGAGAGCAUGAUUCCGUUCAAAGGCCGCUCAAGCAUGAAACAAUACAUGCCAAUGAAACCAAAAAUCAAGAGAGGAUACAAAGUUUGGUCUCUAGCUGAUUCUGAGACAGGCUAUCUCCUCAAGUUCCAGCUCUACGAAGGAAAGAGUAUGCAGAAGCCAGAAGACAGAACCUUGGACGAACACGUUGUCCUGACUUUGGCCGAUGGUGCCGUCCCUGCUGGCUCGCAGUUAUUUUUUGAUAAUUUCUUCAGCUCCACUAAGCUGCUUCAAGAGCUGCGAGAGAAAGACAUCCUUGCUUGUGGCACAUUUAGAGUGAACAAGAGGGAUCUGCCAUCCGAAGUCAAAGUUGACAACAAGCUGGAGCGAGGGUCCUACAUUUGGAGGAAGAAGGCUGAUGUGGUAGCCUACCAAUGGCGAGACUCUAAAAAUGUGCACAUCAUGUCCAACUAUCAUGACCCAGAAAGCGUCGUGCAGGUCCAGCGAACCCUUCAAAACGGGAAGAGAAAGGAAGUGGACUGUCCAUGUGUUGUGAAAGAAUACAACGCAUGGAUGGGAGGGGUUGAUAAAUUUGACCAGAAAAGGAAUGCCUAUCCAGCGGACCGCCGUUCAAAGCGCUGGUGGAGCCGUAUCUUUUACUUCAUUUUGGACGCAGCGGUGGUCAAUGCUUUCAUUCAAAUUUCCUCCAUGAGUCCUGUCACCUAUCUGCAGUUCCGCCUGAUGCUUGGGCGUCUCCUGAUUGCCCAAAACACGUUUCGAAAAUCGAAAACAACGCUGAAAGCCCACUACAACAAGAAAGGCAAGAAGAAUGGGCGCGCAAUGAGUGGUGUACCAGAUGAGCUCCGAUUUGCCGGAAAUGGUCACCACCCCGUCCUCACUGGGAAACGACUGCGGUGCCGGUGGUGCUCUACAAAGCAGAAGGAAGUGCGCACCAAAUACCUCUGCAAAAUGUGCAAUGUGCCACUAUGCGUCACUUGCUUUGGCCCGUUUCACUGCUGCUGACAAUUUGACUGAAGUGGAUGGUGGGACAUACCCUGUCCCACAUAAUGAAUACAUGCUAUGUGGUUAGUGGGACAUACGCUGUCCCACUUUUUUCUCUUUUGUAAGCAGACAGUUUCCACUCGUGUUUGUUUUGUUUGUAAUAAAACUGCCCCAGAAAGCCUCUGGUGAUGAAAAAUUGCGCCUAAAUUACUUGUUCUCGUUGC